UGUGUUCUGUCUCCUGCAAGCAGGUCUGUCGGGGUGCAGCAUGAUUGAAGAAGACUGGAAUGCCGAGAUAGGGGACGAGGCGUUACUCCCGUCCAUUGAGAAGGUUAACUUGCUUGAGAAACCAAAUGACCCCUCCUCUGUCUUCAGUCGAAGUGUAGACUCAUUUGGCACUGAUGAAUUUGUGGACGCACAGCAUCAGUCAGUGAAUAGUUUUGGUAGAGGAAGGAAUUUUGCAGCCAAAGGUUUUCAGGGUGGAAAUGGAGAAGAUGCCAUUAUGCAAAACAGAGGGUUUAAAGGAUUUGGACAAGGUUUUCAAGAACGAAAUGCUGUAGAUGGUGAUAGUACACAAAACAGAUGGUUUAAAGGAUUUGGCGGUGGCUUUGGACAAGGUUUUCAAGAAGGAAAUGGAGAUGAUGUCACUGUGCAAAACAGAGGUUUUAAAGGAUUUGGACAAGGUUUUCAAGAACGAAAUGCUGUAGAUGGUGAUAGUACACAAAACAGAUGGUUUAAAGGAUUUGGCGGUGGCUUUGGACAAGGUACUAAGGAUGGACAAAGGGGUAUGCCUCAGUCUAGAACUCUCACCUUUAAAGAAAGACAAUCUCUAGCAGAUGAUGCAGGUUUUCAGGGUGGAAAUGGAGAAGAUGCCAUUAUGCAAAACAGAGGGUUUAAAGGAUUUGGACAAGGUUUUCAAGAACGAAAUGCUGUAGAUGGUGAUAGUACACAAAACAGAUGGUUUAAAGGAUUUGGCGGUGGCUUUGGACAAGGUUUUCAAGAAGGAAAUGGAGAUGAUGUCACUGUGCAAAACAGAGGUUUUAAAGGAUUUGGACAAGGUUUUCAAGAACGAAAUGCUGUAGAUGGUGCUAGUACACAAAACAGAGGGUUUAAAGGAUUUCGUGGUGGCUUUGGACAAGGUACUAAAGGUGGGCAAAGGAGCACACUGCAGUCUAGAACUCCUGGCUCUCGAGAAGGAGGAGCACUCGCAGAUAGUGCAGGUCCAAAGGUGACUUACGUGCCCCCUCCUCCACCUGAGGAUGAACAAGCCAUCUUUGCACGCUAUCAGACAGGAAUGAAUUUUGACAAGUAUGAUGAAAACAUCGUUGAAGUGUCAGGACUAGACCCUCCAGCAGCAUUAAUGAGUUUUGCAGAUACUAACAUGUGUCAUACUUUAACUGUGAACAUUGCUAAAGCUGGAUACUCUAAACCUACUCCAGUGCAGAAGUACAGCAUUCCUAUUAUACUGGCAGGACGGGAUUUGAUGGCAUGUGCUCAGACAGGAUCAGGAAAAACUGCAGCCUUUCUUGUACCAGUUGUAGCCCAAAUGAUGAAGGAUGGUGUAACUGCCAGUAGCUUUAAAGAGCAGCAAGAACCAGAAUGUAUUAUUACUGCCCCAACUAGAGAACUGAUAAAUCAGAUCUUCCUAGAAGCAAGAAAAUUUGUAUAUGGAACUUGUAUAAGGCCUGUUGUGAUCUAUGGAGGUACACAAACAGACUAUUCAAUUCGUCAAGUAAAGCAAGGCUGUAAUAUACUGUGUGCCACUCCAGGGAGGCUUCUAGACAUCAUUGAAAGAGGAAAGAUUGGUUUGCAUAAUGUGAAAUACUUAGUGCUGGAUGAAGCGGACCGCAUGCUUGAUAUGGGUUUUGGUGCAGAUAUGAAGAAGCUGGUAUCUUUCCCAGACAUGCCACAAAAAGACAAACGCCAAACACUAAUGUUUAGUGCCACUUUUCCUGAGGAAGUGCAGAGGCUAGCUGGUGAAUUUUUGAAAACUGAUUUUUUGUUUGUUGUUGUUGGACAUGUGGGUGGAGCAUGCAGUGAUGUUCAGCAAAAUAUUCUUCAAGUUUCUCAGUAUUUCAAGAGGGAUAAACUGGUAGAAAUUCUACACAGCAUAGGUAAUGAACGAACCCUGGUCUUUGUGGACACAAAGAAAAAAGCAGACUUCAUUGCAUGCUUUCUUUGUCAAGAAAACAUACCAGCCACUAGUAUCCAUGGAGAUAGAGAACAGAGAGAGAGAGAAAUAGCUCUUCGGGAUUUUCGUUCUGGAAAAUGUCCAGUUCUUGUGGCAACCUCAGUGGCAGCAAGAGGUCUGGACAUUGAAAGAGUUCAGCAUGUUAUUAAUUUUGAUCUUCCUUCCACCAUUGAAGAAUAUGUACACCGAAUUGGGCGAACUGGUCGUUGUGGAAAUACAGGGAAAGCAGUUGGCUUCUUUGAUAACAAUUCAGAUGGUCAUCUUGCACAACCUCUAAUUAAAGUGCUUUCAGAUGCUCAGCAGGAAGUUCCUCUUUGGUUGACAGAAGUUGCUUUUGAGGUUGAAGGAGGACGCCUGCCAGUUAAUACCCAAAAGAAUUACAGAGGCAGAGGCAAAGUGACUGCAGGAGAAGUAAAGAUCGGGUGUCCUGCAAGAGAAAUUGAGUCAUGGGAUUGAACUACUUUAUACCAAACCAGCUUGUACUGUGUUGUGCUGUAAGUGAAAUGUUGCUUGAGAAGAUAAUCUUGUGAAGACCUAGUUUGGGAAGAAGCUUUAUAAAAGGGUUUGCCUAAACUUUGUUCCUUUUUUUGUAACAUGUCAGUUAAAAAGUUUGGAUUUUGUGUUAUGAUGAUACAAGGAUCUGUUAAACAGCUCAAAAGCAUUUAAUAAAAGUUUGAG